AUGGCCAACGCUCCUUCAGCAACUCGUCCUCACACCAACCAACCGCGAACCAACGGCGUAGCCAGAACGAACGGUGCCCCUCGUGCGAACGGAGCAGCUCGAACAAACGGUACAGCCGCUGGAAGAGCAGGCGCAGUUCGUCCGGCAGCCAGAGCAAACAGUGUUUCUUCUCAGGGAGACACACCUGUGAACGGAGUUGGUUCAGCAUACGCUAUCAUGGCCAACCGAAUCGCAAACCGUGUCGCUGAGAUGGCCGAGAGCAUCACAUUCGUUGAGAGACCCAAGCCGCAACAAAACGGACAAGUCUUCAAUGAGGACCCGGCCGAGAAGAAGCGCCCUCGCAAGCUCGAAAUGCGCCUCGACACCGGAAACGAUGUCAGCUUCAGCGCACCUUUCCUCGACAACACACUCCAGAAGAUGCUCGCACUUCAAAACCGCAUGCUCAAGAGCACAGCAGAUUUGUCGAAACAAGAGGGCGUUGACGAGAAGAUCGUUAGAGAAUCAGCCGCCCAGAGCGCAGAACUGAGUCGUAUCAUUGCCCUCAUCUGUGCGGAGAAGGCGCGUCAAGGAGCUUAG